AUGACGUCCAGCGACAACGGUGACAUUGCCUUUAAGGACAAGGGCAAUAAUGUCAUCAUCGAUGAGAAGCAUGUAGAGAAAGAUAGCUUCAAGUCGAGCAAGUCUAUAGUUAUUAGAAAGACUGAAAUUCUGGCCGAACAGUACAGUUCCUGGCAAUGGAGGUUUGUUCUUUUGCUUUCUGCUUUCUUAUGCGGUUAUGGGUAUGGUUUGGACAGCACAUUGCGUAGUUUCUAUACGACAUAUGCGACGAAUUCGUAUUCUACACAUUCGUUGCUUUCUACUGUUGGUGUGAUCAACGCUGUCAUGGGAGCGGCAGCUCAGAUUGUGUAUGCUAGAUUAUCUGACGUUUAUGGUAGGUUUACGCUAUUUUGCACUGCGAUAAUGUUUUAUGUGGUGGGGACGAUCAUCGAGUCUCAGGCGUACGAUGUGCAGCGGUACGCCGCUGGUGCGGUUUUCUAUAACAUUGGGUAUGUUGGUGUGAUUUUGAUUGUGCUAUUGAUUUUGUCGGACUUUUCCUCAUUGAGAUGGAGGUUGUUCUACUCUUUUGUUCCAGCAUGGCCCUUCAUCAUCAACACAUGGAUCUCUGGUGACAUUGUUGCUAGUGUGAAGCCCCAGAAGCAUUGGUCGUGGGCCAUUGCGAUGUGGGCGUUCAUUUUCCCGCUAAGUUGCUUGCCCUUGAUCACAUGCAUGAUUCACAUGAGGAUGCGUGCGAGAAAGACUGCUGCGUGGAAAGAGCUGAGCCAAGAGCAGACUUUCUACCAAAAGCACGGGCUCAAGAGCACGCUGGUGGAAUUAUUUUGGAAACUAGACGUUGUUGGAGUAAUUUUGAUGAUUGUGAUUCUGGGGUGCAUCUUGGUUCCCUUGACGCUAGCUGGCGGAACUUCUUCCAAAUGGAGACAAGCGCACAUCAUUGCUCCCUUUGUCGUUGGGUUUGUGUUGAUCCCAUUCUUUAUAGUGUGGGAAUCCCGCUUUGCAGUUGAGCCCGUGGCUCCGUUCAAGCUAUUGAAGGACCGUGGGAUCUGGGCCGCGUUGGCGAUUUCAUUUUUGGUCAACUUCAUCUUCACGAUGGCUGCGGGCUACCUCUUCACAAUCUUGAUUGUUGCAGUGGACCAAUCGAACAAGGCGGCCACGAGAAUCACGAGCAUCAGCACCUUCACUUCGACGGUGUUCUCGCCUUUCUUCGCGCUAUUCGUCACACGAGUCACCAGGCUCAAGCCUUACAUCAUCCUCGGCUGCUCGCUAUGGAUGGUCGCAAUGGGAAUUCUAUUCCACUUCAGAUCCGGCCAACAUUCCGACAACGGGAUAAUUGGGGCUUUGGUCGUCUGGGGCAUCGGAACAACUAUGUUCACGUAUCCGGUAACAGUUUCCAUCCAGUCUGUCACCUCGCAUGAACACAUGGCCACUGUCACUGCGCUCAGCUACACCAUGUACAGAAUUGGUUCGGCCGUGGGUUCAUCCGUUUCCGGUGCCAUCUGGACUCAAUUGCUGUACAAGCAGCUUUUGAAACACCUUGGUGGUGACGCAGAGCUAGCUGCAAAGUUCUACGGCGCCCCAUUGACCUACGUCGCGCUGUACCCAUGGGACAGCCCGAUAAGACAGAGCGUUGUGCAAGCCUACAGAUACGUGCAGAAGUACGAGGUGCUAGUAGCGUUGAUUUUCACUGUGCCGCUAUUCGUGCUGUCGCUGUGCCUAAGGGACCCACCGCUUACGGAUUCUGUUGCGCAUGAAAACAUCAAGGAGGGCGAGUACAUCGACGUCGAGCACGACGACCCAGUGAGCAAUUGGAUCAGUUCCAAGUGGAACAGGCUUACCAAGUAG